CGAUCCCCUCCUGCCUUGCCUUGUUGGUUUCAUUGGAAUUCAGAUUUAGCUCGGCUCGCUCCCAGAAAAUAGAUAGAGCAGUUCGCGCCCCUGGUAUCGUCGCAUCAUGGGGCUGCUGGCACUGAAACAUCUCAUGUCCAUACGGCGGGAUCGGCGUCGUCACCGGCCAAUUCAAGGCCGUAAUGGAUUCGUGACUUCAGCUGCUAAAAGGAAGGAAUCACCCUGCCCCCAAGACGACUAUCCUCCGAGUGAUACAAAAUUGACAUAUUCAGGACCAAGCCUACCAGAGGACAUAUGGCAUCAUAUCCAUUCUCUAAUGCGACUACGAGAUGCUGCACGUAUUGCCUGCGUGUCUCAUUCAUUUCGACGUUCUUGGAGAUGCUAUCCCAAUCUCACCAUAACUAGGGAAACUCUGGGUUUGAAAGGCAGAAAAUACGGAAGGUCAUAUAAAAUAUCGAGUGGUCUUGCAAGGAAAACCGACCAUAUUCUGAGAAAGCACUCGGGCAUUGGCGUGAAAGCACUCAAGCUUCAAAUAAGAGAUUUUCCCAUGUUCAGCACCUCCCGUGAUCUCAACCGAUGGCUUCAUAUCGCUGUUAAACCGGGGAUUGAAGAGCUUGACCUGUAUCUGGGGCUACACUCGCGUGAUGCAGCUGUGUACGACUUCCCGUGCUCACUUUUACUUGAUGGGAGUGGCAUGUCAAUUCGGCUUCUUCACAUCAGAAAUUGCGCCUUCCGUCCCACGGCUGGACUUGGCUGCUUAAGAAGCUUGACAAGUCUGUACUUUUCCGACAUACGUAUUACGGAGGAUGAGUUAGGGUACCUUUUUUCCAGCUCAGUUGCUUUGGAGACAGUAACACUCAUGCAUUGCCAUGAGUUAAUUUUCCUCGAGAUGCCUAGCCUGCUGCAGCGGCUUAAGCCAACUAAUUAUCGUAUGUUGCAACAAUUUGGAACUGAUAGAGAGCAAAGCCCCUAAUCUCUACAGUUUUAGAUAUAUGGGUCACCAGGCAAGAUUAUCACUUCGUGAUUCAUUGCAAGACUUAAAAAUUCAUGCUUCAGGUUGGGACUUUGUUCAUUAUUCUUGUGAAAAUAUUUCGCCCAUGCUGCCAAAUCUGGAAGCUCUUCAAAUACAUUCACGUUAUGUGAGGGAAACCCCGGUGAUACCAGACAAAUUACUCCACCUCCAGCUACUGUGC